GGCGGGGGCGUCGCGGAUGCGCAGCUUCUCUGACUCUUAAUUCCACUAUGAAACAGCUGCCGGCAGAAACUAUUCGUCUCCUUUCAAGUUCUCAGGUGAUUACAUCAGUUGUCAGCGUGGUAAAGGAGCUGAUAGAAAACUCCUUGGAUGCCAGUGCCACAAAUGUUGAUAUUAAACUGGAGAAUUAUGGGUUUAACAAAAUAGAAGUAAGAGACAAUGGCAGUGGAAUCAAGGUUGCUGAUGUUCCAGUUAUGGCAGUUAAACACUACACCUCAAAAAUAAGCUCUUCUGAGGACCUUGAAAGGUUGACAACAUAUGGUUUCCGUGGGGAGGCCUUGGGAUCAAUUUGCUGCAUAUCAGAGGUUUUGAUCACAACAAAGACAGCUGCUGAUGCUUUCAGCACUCAGUAUGCUUUGGAUAGCAAUGGGCAUAUAACUUCUAAAAAGCCUUCCCAUCUUGGGCAAGGUACUACAGUAACAGUCCUAAAGUUGUUUAAGAAUCUCCCUGUAAGAAAGCAGUUUUACUCAACAACUAGAAAAUGUAAGGAAGAACUGAAAAAAGUCCAAGAUCUACUGACAGCAUAUGGUAUCAUAAAACCAGACCUGAGGAUAACCAUAACACAUAAUAAGGCAGUUAUUUGGCAGAAGACCAGGGUGUCAGAUCACAAAAUGGCCUGUAUGUCAGUUCUGGGAACAGCCGUUAUGGGCAGUAUGGUACCUUUUCAACACUGCUGUGAAGAUCCUGAGAUAAACCUUUCUGGAUUUCUCCCAAAAGCUGAGUCAGACAGUUCUUUGACAAGCCUUUCAAGUUCAGAAAGGAGUUUCGUUUUUAUAAAUAGUCGUCCAGUUCAUCAGAAGGAAAUACUGAAGUUAAUUCGGCAGUACUACAGUCUGGUGACGCACAAGGACUGUACUCGUUUAUAUCCUGUUUUCUUUUUGAAUAUUACUGUACCUGCCUCUGCUGUGGAUGUGAAUUUAACACCUGAUAAAACUCAAGUUUUACUGCAUUAUAAGGAUUCUGUCUUACUUGCUGUUGAAAAUGUGUUGAAAUCACUGUAUGGGCCACUACCUGCUACAGACCAUGGUGAAAGUAAUAAAACAGAUGUUACCUCAGAAGACAUGUUUGUUCAUAGAACAGAACAAACAGAUGUGGUUGUUAAUGAAAUGGGACCAUCUGGAAACGAUGAUCUACAUGCUCAUACUUCAUUCCUUUCAUUCAGCAGUGAUGUGCAAAACUGUCAAGCAGGAAAAAACACAGAGAUCUGCUUAAAUCAUCAGACAUUUUGUGGUGAUAAUGUACAUAGUCGCCUGGACAAAAAAGAGGUUUCUAAGAGUGAUGCCUUUCCAGACAGUUCCUUAAAUUUAUUGUGUGAGAAGGAACAGAAUAUGACAGAUAUUCAAAGUAACAGUGUUCCCGUGGAUCCCAAGUCUAAAAAAGCUGAUGAGCAUCUUUUGAGUUCUGAUAAUGUUGACGAAAUAGAAAAAAAUGAGGAAACCUUAGUCCCUAAAGACUUACCUGAAAUCUCUGCUGAUAAUUGGAGUAUGGGAAGUGGAUUUAAAAACCAUCUAGGAGACAACCUGGAACCUGUUAAGAUUUUGAUUCCUGAAGCUGGAGAAACAAUUAAUAAGCAAAAUGAACAUAAUGGUGAACAAAGCAAUGAUCCCCAAAUCUCAGAUCAAAGCAUACAGAAAAGAAAUGUGAUAAGUGAUAAAUUUGGACAUGUGACAGCUUAUGACUUAAUUAGUAGCAGAAUAAUAAGGAAACCAAAGUCUGCAAUUGGAUUUUUCACUCAAGAAUGUCGUCCAAAAUUGAUAACUGAUAAUCCAAAGACCAGCAUGGAGGACAUCCUGCUGAAAAUUGAAGAGCAGUGGAAGAAUUUGAAAGAAGAGGAAAAAAAAAAUUAUGAAAUAAAAGCUGCUAAAGACCUGGAACGGUACAACAGAGAGGUCAAGAAAGCUAUGGGACAGACAGCGCACCGACCAACAAAGGAGGCAGACAAACAGAAACCCAAGCUGAAAACUUCCCCAUCCGACCAGCAGAAGCUUGACAAGAUAUUUCAUGCUCAAAUUGAAAAGAAGCAGAAACCUGAACAGCCUAUGAAAAUUGUGACAGUGCCUUUUUCUCUGAGUUCCUGUAGACAUCAGCUUCAGAGACAUGAGAAAAAUGAUUCAGAUGAACACGAGCUUUUCCUGAUCCGUCGUCAGAGUUUUCCUGAUGUCUGGAUUUUUGCUACUGAAAAAAAGCUAAUGUUGCUGAAUCCAUAUAGAUUGGAAGAAGCCCUGCUAUGUAAAAAAUUACUGAUGAAUCAUAAGCUUCCAGUAGAGAAACUGGACAAGCCAAUUGUGUUAAUGGACAGUCUUAUUGGUGGAUCUCAGUAUACGGCUGCUCUUUAUAAAAUGCAGAAGGAUUACCGGAGUUUCAAUGGAUCGGGUUAUUUGUCAGAUCCAAGGCUUGUAGCAAAUGGAUUCCAGAUAAAAGUGAUAGAAGGUGCUUCAGCUACAGAAAGUCAUCUGGAAAUAGAAGGGAUGGCAAAUUGUCUGCCAUAUUAUGGCAUUUCUGAUUUGAAAGAAAUUCUGAAUGCAGUAGUUAAUGGAAAUGCGAAGGAAGUAUAUGAAUGUAGACCUCUCAAAGUGAUAAAUUACUUGGAGGGAGAAGCAGUACGUUUAGCUCGGCAGCUGCCCUUGCAUUUGUCAAAGGAAGAUGUACAAAACACAAUUUACAGGAUGAAGCAACAGCUUGGAAAGGAAAAUAAAGGCUGUGUUCAUGGUCGUCCUUUUUUUCAUCACUUAACAGAUAUUCCAGAAGUUGACAAGCACAACUCCACGGAAAUUAUUCAGUAAAUGGAACAUUUUGUUUGGGAUCAUAUUUCUCUUGCUUAAUUUUGAUCAUUACUCUGUAAUUUCAGUAUGUUUUGUGCAAAGCUUUUGUAUAAUAACUUUUCAUUAUCAUACGUUCACCUCCUAGAGACUUUUUUUAUUUAAAUUCAAAUGCUACUUGAAAACUGGAAAGAAAUACUGUA